UCGGGACAUACCACGGAGCACAGUGGCGACGGGGAGGGGGGGUGGAGGACGUGGUCACCGAGGGGAGCCCCCGCCCCCUUCACAGAGGCCGAGGCUUGGGUGGAAGAGAGAACUGGAACUGGGCUCGUCCUAGGGGAAGGCAGCGCGGCCAAUCCGUCCCCUCCCCACACCCUGCUCCGAGAGGGUGGGCGAUAGAGAAGAGGUUGGGGUUGGAGCAGCAGUGAGGGGCCCCUCCCUGGCACCUCCCCCCACCAGACUUGGUCGCGCCCGAAGUGUAACACUUUCUCUUUGUCGGAGGAGCUCCUCUGUUUCCUGUGCAGCAGCUCCCGUUGCGGCGGCACCCUCAGCAGCCCUGGCGGACGAAGGAGCGAUGGCAGCGGCCGAUAUAGCUCGCCAGGUGGGCGAAGGUUGCCGAACUGUCCCCCUGGCUGGACAUGUGGGGUUUGACAGCUUGCCUGACCAGCUGGUGAAUAAGUCAGUCAGCCAGGGCUUCUGCUUCAACAUCCUGUGCGUGGGGGAGACAGGUUUGGGCAAGUCCACCCUCAUGGAUACCCUGUUCAACACCAAGUUCGAGGGGGAACCAGCCACCCACACACAGCCAGGCGUUCAGCUCCGAUCUAAUACCUAUGACCUCCAGGAAAGCAACGUGGGGCUGAAGCUCACGAUUGUGAGCACUGUGGGCUUUGGGGACCAGAUCAACAAGGAGGACAGCUAUAAGCCCAUUGUGGAAUUCAUAGAUGCUCAGUUUGAGGCCUAUCUACAGGAGGAGUUGAAGAUCCGGAGAGUACUACACACCUACCAUGACUCUCGAAUCCAUGUCUGCUUGUACUUCAUUGCCCCUACAGGACAUUCACUUAAGUCUCUGGACCUAGUAACCAUGAAGAAGCUGGACAGUAAGGUGAAUAUUAUCCCCAUCAUUGCCAAAUCGGAUGCCAUUUCUAAGAGUGAGCUGACAAAGUUCAAGAUCAAAAUCACCAGUGAACUUGUGAGCAAUGGAGUCCAGAUCUAUCAGUUCCCCACAGAUGAUGAGUCGGUGGCUGAGAUCAAUGGAACCAUGAAUGCCCACCUGCCAUUUGCUGUUGUUGGCAGCACAGAAGAAGUGAAGAUCGGCAACAAGAUGAUGAGGGCACGACAGUAUCCUUGGGGGACUGUGCAGGUUGAAAAUGAAGCCCACUGCGACUUUGUGAAGCUGCGGGAGAUGCUGAUUCGGGUCAAUAUGGAAGAUCUGCGGGAGCAAACCCACACCCGGCACUAUGAAUUGUACCGCCGCUGUAAGCUGGAGGAGAUGGGCUUCAAGGACACCGACCCUGACAGCAAACCAUUCAGUUUACAGGAGACCUAUGAGGCGAAAAGAAAUGAGUUCCUAGGGGAGCUCCAGAAAAAAGAAGAGGAGAUGAGACAGAUGUUUGUCCAGAGAGUCAAAGAGAAAGAAGCCGAGCUCAAGGAGGCAGAGAAAGAGCUGCAUGAGAAGUUUGACCGUCUGAAGAAACUGCACCAGGAGGAGAAGAAGAAGCUGGAGGAUAAGAAGAAAUCCCUGGAUGAUGAAGUGAAUGCUUUCAAACAGAGAAAGACGGCGGCUGAGCUGCUCCAAUCUCAGGGUUCUCAGGCUGGGGGCUCCCAGACUCUGAAAAGGGACAAAGAGAAGAAGAAUUAACUCUGCUGUUUGCUGCAUGCUGCAUGAGACCCAGGGUCCUGUAAUCCAUGGCUGUGUACUGAAUAGUAUGCCCUGCUACAGCUGGACUGGACUCCACUUAGCCUUUUAAGCGAAGGUUCUUAUUUUAACUGACAACUUUUUUUAAUGGUGCCAGACAGCUGGGCUCUCCACUCCCACUCUGGUACUUUAAGCCCCAUCUCUCUCUCUCUCUCUCUCUCUCUCUCUCUCUCUCUCUCUCUCUCGUUCUGCUUCUGUGUCUCAGUCUGACUGGCAUGGACCAUGGCUUUCUUCUUUUUUCAUAUUUUAAAGGUGGUUGUAUGGUCACUACCUCUAAAACACACAAGGUGAUAAUCAAUUUACAGGCUGUCUGAACUGUUGCAAAAGGGAGGUUUCCUUUCUCUACAAUCAUAAUUAAUACCUGGAAGGCAAGACUAAGCCCAAAGCAGAAUUAGUUAAAAGCAAGCAAGUCAGUGUGCAUUCUCUCUCUCGCUCUCUCUGUCUGUCUGUCUCUCUCUCCCUUCCUCCUUCCUUCUCCUUUCCCUCUCUCUCUCCCUCCCUCUCCUUUCCCCCCUCCCUCUCCGUUCCCCCCUCUCUCUCUCCCUCCUUCUCCUUUCUCUCCCUCUCCUUUCCCUCUCUCUCUCUCCCCCUCCCUCCCUCCCUCUCCUUUCCCUCUCUCUUCCUCUCUCUCUUUCCCCUCCCUCCCUCUCCUCCCCCCCUCUCUCUGUGGGCAAAGAGAGAAGGCAAUUUUGAUAUGUACUGGCCAAUGACCAGAGACAAGUACAGGGUGACAAUGGGAAAGCAUAAGCUAGUUUCUCGGAAAAACCAACUGGAAGUAGAGAAUUUCAGGAAACCCUAUGCCUGGAGGUAAAACAGAACAAUAGAAAGCUCCAACGCAAAAUCCCCAGAUACCCUCAGAUACACACUCAGUAGUUGGUGGAGUCAGGCUACUGAGUUAAGGCUGUCUGGAUCUCCUUAAGAAAGACCCCUUAAUUGUAACCAUGGGGUUCUGUGGGUUUUCUGUUGUUUUUAAGACAGGCUCUUACUAUAUAGCCCUGGCUAGCCUUGAAAUCACAAUGGAGACUAGGCUGGCCCUCACAGAGAUCUGCCUGCCUGAAUUACCUGAGUGCUGGGGUUAAAGGCAAACACCCCUACAUCCAGCUGCCCUAGGGGGUUUAAUCCACCUUCCCAGAAAUGAGGCUUCUCAUGUGAAUUGGUAUAUAAAUUUAUUACUUGAGGUUUGAGGAUUUCAAAAUGCUUCACAAGUAUUUGAGCUACACAACCUUCCAAAAACAAGCAGGAAUUGUAUAUAAAGUGGGUGCGUUUGGGUCAGCAUGGCUAUUGUAACCCCCUAUGGAGGAUUUUGGCACAUAGAGAAAUAAAGGGACUCAUUCAAGGCCCCACUACUAUUUCUUGGCAUAGCCCAAGCAAAAUUUCAUGUUUCAGGGUUCCCAAUCCGUUUCACCAAGGAACCCAAACAUUUGUGUAUGUUCCUGGAGACAAGAUUUUUUUUUUUUUUAUAUUCAGAGAAACUAGCCAAUGUUAGAGGCAUUCUGACGGUUUUCACAUAGAAAAAUAGGAUGGAUUGAGUAGGGGCAGAUGAAGAGAAGGUCCCAGGCCAGGUGCCAUGCCUGAUGCUCAGUUAGCUUUCCUAUGAGUCUGGAGCAGGACCAGGCCAGUGUCUAUUUCAGUGCUGCACUGUGUGGCAUCUUGGAAUCAGGGAACUUGGAUGGCUAUAAAAAGCAAGCGGACCUAUUAAAGGGAUUAAGAUGAUGCUAACUAAAUUUCAUUGAAUAGCCGUUCUUACUGUAAAUUGCAUGUUGUUUUUUUUUUUUUUUUUUUUUUUGGUGGUGGUAUUUGUUUUUCUUCACUUAAAAGUCUUUUUAGUUAGUACAGUUGUUACUAUUAAAAAAAAAAUACCCUAAACUCUGUUUACUUCUAGUGAAACAAAAACCAGUAAUUAGAUAUGAUCUGUGCUUUUAUUUUUCUAGACUAGAAUGGCUUUCCUGAAAUACACACACACACACACACACACACACACACACACCCUUCAUUUCUCUGAAGCCAAGAAGUCUGCUUUCCUCACUUGGUUUGGAUUUUUUAAAGUCAUUUGGCAUUCACAUGUGGCUGUUAAUAUGUGCUUAUUUUUUAAUUAAAGCAAGACUCAUUAAA